CAUGGGAACAGGAGUGGGCCAUUUAGACCCCAUGCCUGUUCCACUGUUGACUGCAAUCAUGGCUGAUCUCUGGCUUAACUCCAUAUAAUUGCCUAUAGUGCAGAUGUCUUUUUCUUGAGCUGAACUAUUAUUUUAAAAGUAGUCUGUUCCUGCUUCCCUUGCUGUUUGUCGAAGAGUUCUAGAUAUGUCACUCCUUGAGGACACAUGUCAAAGUGCUUCUCAAUGUAUGCCCCUCAUACUUAGACUGUGCCCCCUAGUCCUAGAAUCCCUAAUUAAUAGAAAUGGCUUCUUUAUCUACAGUUCUUCCUAGUUAAUAUCUUGAUAUUGAUCAGAUCACCUCUUAACCUUGUAAAAUUCAAGAACCAGGCCUAAUCUAUAUAAUCUUUGUUCAUAGCUUAACCCCUGAAGUCAGACUUAUAAGAAUGACACCUUGUGUUUGUACUUUCUCCAAGGCCAAUACAAGUUUUGCUCCCAAGUAAGCUCUAAGUAAAGUUUUGUAGAACUUCUGCAUCCUUGUACUCCAGUUCUCUGGAUAUAAAGACCAGCACUCCAUUAGAUUACUACUUGCUUUUCUGCACCUGUUUGUAGCAUCUUAAAGAUCUAUAUGCCUGAACCCCCAAGUCAUUGUAACCAUUGCAUGCAGUAGCCCCAUGUUCUUGCUGCACUGGGUGAAUGUUUCUUCUGAACUCCCUACUAAAAUUUGUUGGUAAUUUGUGUUGAUGAUUAAUUACAUUAUUCCUGUAUUAGGAACUGUUUUCUUCUGCAUUCUUACCCAAGCCUUUCAUAAUUGAAGGCCUCAACCUUUUUAGGCCGUUUCUGCAGAUUUUGCUUUGCUGGUAUGCAUGCUUGCACACUUUAAAACAAAGUGAAGUUGAAAUCCAUGUACAUUUUUACGUGGCAGCUCUCUCUUGGUAGUAGAUUCAAAUCCCAAUUCAGAUUUAAAUGCACAUCUAAGCACUCCAAAAAUGAACAGUCUGCUGCACUGCCAUUUGUUUUGUUACAGUCUUAAGAUGCAUUCUGUCUGAUCUUAGAUAUUAUUUUUUAUAUUCUAUUAGCUAGCACUAGAACAAAUUAGUUCCAUUUGAAUUGGCUACUUAUCCUCAUACCUAGUUUUUUUUUCUUGUUCUGCUUGCAGGACUUUGUCCUGUUGAGCUCAUUGCCUAGGUUUAACAAUGGAAAAAAUCGUGUUUUAAGGAUUAUGCGUUAUGAAAGAUGCAAUAUAAAAACAAGUUUUUCUUUAAUGUAUCUGCAGAACUGUGUGAAGUCAGUUUUGUACUCAAUGUGCUCUGUCAUUAAUAUGUAAUGGGGUUAUGCUGAAAGGCAGGUGCUAGAAUGUCUCAAAUUUUUAAUCUGUAGAAUUGACAUUUCACAGGCUAUAUUAACAAUGUGUUGACAAAUAAAUUAAGCAGCAGCAAACUGCUGCUGUGCAGAGUUCCAAUUUUUUGUCAUGCAGUGACAUUACUAGUAGAGCUGCAAGUUUGUCCAGUAAGUGCUGGAACAGCUGAUUCAAUUGAGACUGCCUUGAGUUUAAUGGACAACUUUUUUCUUUCUUCAGUCACGGAACUCCCAUUUUAGCUCUGAUCAAUUGCAAAUUCAGAAUAAUGACAGCAACCUGAUUUCUUUAGGUCCUUGUUCCUCUUCCCAUUGACCCUUCCCUAUUAGAUCACCCAAUCAUAGCAUAUGUAACAGUGAAAUAGUUGCUCAGCAAUUAGUUCACCUGUCUAAAACAGUGUUUCUAUUUUGAAGCUUGCCGUGUACCAGUAUCAAAUAACUGAGCAAUAACACUUCACAGAAAGGGGUUUGGGAGGUGGGGGGGAUGUUGGUGAGAGAAUCACUGAUCUCUCGAGUUGAUUUAUUGAACACAAACUAUCAUCAAUGCUGUAUUGCAUUGACGUUGUCUGUUUUAAUUCAUAGUGAAGAAAGGAUUUGACACUUCAGUUUCCUGCUCAUCAAUACGUAAACUGCAGAAUUGCCAAUAAUCAGUGGGAUGGCACUUAAUUGGUCAUUUUCUAGUUCAUGUUAAUCCAGGUCAAGGAAGUCAACCCAACAAUAGCCAAGUGUUGAAUCCAGAACUUUGAUUUGAUAAUUAACAGUUAAAGUUAGGAUAUUGUUUCUUAUUAUUUUGUAGUGUCACCCUUUGUCUCUUUUAAUGGUCAUAAUCUUCAACUUUAUACUUCAAAAUCUGUUGCCUGCCUUGACAAUUACCUGGCAAGAGUUCCAUCAUCCUUUUGUGAGUAUAGGGUGCACUGAGAAUCCAGUACACCUUUUGGUAUUGAGGGAUGUGGAGAGGGGUGAACUGUGGUUAUUGACUUGUUGCCACUCGACCUCCACCCACAUACACUUGUGCACUCUUCCGUGUGUCCAUCCGCAUUGACUAAUGUAUAAUAGGUACUGACAUUACACCAGCCUUGGAUCUUUCCUGUGAUUCCUAGCCAGUUUUGAACAUCUGUUCUACCCCUCGAGCAUUCAGUACCAAAUGAAACACUUUGCAAUGCGUCCUGCCACAUUGGUGACAGGUUCUGAUCAUAGAUAUUCAUCUUUGCUUUUUCUAGUCGCUGGCAAUUCGAAGAGCUUUCAGUGUUUUGUGCUUUUUUUAUAAAUGUCAAACUGCUGUGCUUUCUCUUGAAGACAAAAAUCUGCGUUGUUUUGGAGGCAGUUUAUUUCUGCUGGCCUUCUACGUGUGCAGUGGUCUGGGCGUUCCCUCAUCAGGCCUGUCAGUAACAUGCAGUGGAGGAUCCCUUUAACGGUGGGCGCGGCCGUGCUUCAGCGUCGGCGGCCAGUAAAUCGCGCCGCAGCCCCUUUAAGAGUGGCCAGGAAGUAGAGCAGGAAGCGGCUGAACUCUGACCGUGAGGGUGGAAGCACAUUCAGCGCGCUUGAAAGGCACGGGCAGCGCUUGAAGAAUGGCUGUGUGGGGCGAGGUACCAACCAGGUCAAAUCCAUGAAUUAUUCACACUGCAGAGAGUGAAAGAGGUGCAUCAAGAGGAGUGAGUGAGUCCUUCGCAGAGAUGAAUGACACUGCCAGUGGUGACGGACCACACCAGGAACAGCCAAUACCAGAGACGUUCUCGAAACAGAGCAGACGAGGCUAUUGCGGCUGCUGUAAAGAGUUGUAUACCUGUCUGGAACAGCACCUUCAGACCACUCGGCACCGGCAAUUUGCCAGUGAGUCCAGGAGCCAAAGACCAGCUAAAAGCCUCAUGGAACGCUUCCUGCAGGAUGUCAUCCAGUACCACCCUUCCCGAUAUAAGGACAACAGGUCGACGUACAUGGAUCUGCCCUCCAUUAGUGCCCCACUUCUCCCCAAGAAGGAGCUGGCAGACAUAUACUCCUACCAAGAUGACAAGGAGACCGUUGGGACCAGGGAGGAGUUACCCAGCACGGAUAACGAAUCCAUCCGAUCGGCGCACUUGAUGGUGGGGAAGAACGUGGCAAGUUGCAAUCGGGUUAAAGCCAGUGUAUCAUCUCCCGUGUCUGUUGGUGCUCCACUGGGUCACAGAGACACCGCGGCUAAAGAGACGGUGUGUGGGGAGCACUUGAUUGACAUCAGCUCUGUGACAUCUAAAGGCUUGCGAAGGACUGCUUUUCUGGGAGUGACUGAAGGCGUCCUCUCGUGCGGCAAAGCGGAUCGGCACGGACAUCGGAUCGAUUUGGGCCUGUACAGACCGACGCCGAGGAAAGGAAUAAAAGACCACGAUAAAACCAACCCGCCGGCUGUCAGCCAACCCAGGUGCGAGCCGCACGAAAACUGGAAUCCCCCUCAAACGAACUUUCCCAACGUCUCUGCGGGGCCAGCUUUUCGCUCUUCCAGGCUGCACCAUGUUACCUCUCAGGGUGCCACGGCGGGCUCCCCUCUUCCUCAACUCAGGGACUACACCGGGCCCGGCAGCCCGCGCUGCGCCGCUGGGCGAAGCCAAGCCGAGGAGUGCAGGCCGCAGAACAGGAACGCUGCCACCUGCCUCAGCGACCUCAGGGAGGCGAAGAUGGUGGACCGCAUCGAGGACCUGGUGUCGGAGACCAUCGAGACAGUCAUUCAGAAGUACUGCAACAGGCGGACACCACAGUCUCAGGACAGCGACAGCGAGAAUUCAGCAGCGGAGGUCAAGGGGGUGCCUACCUUUUGUCAGCUUGAGAAGAAAAGGAAGGCAGUGGAGGCGGGCCUGCAGAGCAGCGUUCCAGGCAGGAAAUGGCCCCCCGAAGGAGAGCACCAUCCAAGUGCACCUUUGAACAGCGGUGACCUGGUCUGCAGCAGGCAGGCAAUGCGUGAUACGGCAUCUUGCUUCAAGAAGAUGCUCUCUUUAAGCCUUUCCAGCGAAAGAAAGGCCGGGGGCCAGCGUCAAGCCGCGGGCGAGGACGGCAGCUCCGGUGGCAGCAUCUGUUCCCUUGGCAGUCAGCUGGGGCACCUGAAGUCGACCAGCAGCUCCGAGUGGGACACCUCCGUCAAGGUGGAGAAAGACUGCUCGCGGGUGGCCAGCAAGGACUUGGAGCUGCUGACGGAUACCCAGAUAACCCUCGACGACCGAGGCUACAAAACCCAGCUGAGCUCCGUCCUGCGCUUCCGGCCGGAGGAGUGCGACAAAACAGACGAGGAGUGCCCUGCCCGCUCGGAGAGCCACGCCAAGGCGGACCAGACGGGAGACGGGCAGCAGGCUCCCGAAGGCGAUCGGAAGCUUCGGUCGCUGCCCUGCGUACCCGCCUCCUUCGCCGGGAAGACCUGGUCGGAAAUCAUGGCGGAGGAUGAUCUGAAGGUGGAGGCGCUGGUCAAAGAGUUCAAGGAGGGGCGGUACUUAUGUUACUUCGACAGCGAGUCGUUGGCCAACUGCGGCAAGAAGCAACGCAGAAAGCACCGGUCCUGCCACAAAGACGCACCGCAGGCCCCCUCCAAGGCAUCAGCCGAAAACGCCGGGGCUUUGCCCCACUUGCAGGAGGCCAACGACGAGGCGGAGCCCAAGCCAGAAGCCUGCAGGCCAGAGGCGGGCAAGAAGCCAGGCCUGAGGCACUGCCGCCUGGCGUCCCGCUGCCAGGUGGUGAAGGUGAGCCACGGCACCCAGACCAGCGAGGCCAGCUACCCGGUGGUCAAGAAGAAGUCACGGCGGGCGGAGCAGGAGCCCGAGAACGUGUGGGCUGGCACCGAGGCUGAGGCUGAGGACAGGCCUGGCGCUAAGGCCAGGCUGUGCUCGAUGCGGCUGCCCAGGGCCUACCGCAAGAUCAUGAGCCCGGUGCAGCCACGGACCGUCAUCUACGUGCUGUCGUCGCCGGACUUUGCGUCGGCCGCGCAGGCUGCCUGCCACGAGGCCAAGAGGACCUCGAAGGCAUCCGACGACGGCGCCAGCCCGGCCAAGUACAAGUACAAGAAGUCGCCGGUCAGGUACUAUGAUCCGACCACCAACAGGAUCGUCGGAACGCCGCCCGGAGCCCACCAUGUGCGGCAGCUCUUCAGGAGCCUGAGCCCGGACAUCAAUAUGGGGCAGCUUGCCGACAAGUCGCGGAUCAAGGCCGUGGGAGGAGGAGCGGUCCCCACCGCGGCGCUCCCGCAUCCGGGUAAUAACCAGGCCUCAGGCCUGUGGCCUACUGCUGCCGCCGCCCCCUCGUCCUCUUCCCUCAAGGAGCGGCCUCCUGGCGAGAGCCCCGGCAGUGAGUGCCCGUCCAAAAGCACCGGCGUGGCCUCCAGCUCCCGCCAGCCAUCCCUGUCCCGCUCACUGGGCUCGGACGGGGGGCUGAGGCCUCCGCCUGCUCCUCCUCAGCACCAGCGCUGCCCUCGCCGCCGCCGCCACCACCUCCUGUCGGAGCCCAAGAGCGGCCUCCUGUCACCGCUGAGGAAGGAGACGCCCGAGUCGCCUUUCGGCAAGCUCCAGGUGUACGUGGGCCCCAGGAGCCGGAAGCCUCCGGACAAGGAGGGCCCGAGGCAAGGCUCUGGAGAAGGACGGGUGACGGGCUGUGAGGAGGAAGAGGAGGAGUUGGAGGACGGUGAUGGGGAUGGGAGCAAGGAGGAUGGCGCCGCCGGAGCUCCUCCGGAGCCCCGGCCUGCCCUCAGGGGCGCCUCAUCCCACUCUGACACGGGUCCACCUACCGCCAGUCCCCCACCCAGCCGCAGGCCCCGUCUCAGGCCUGCUUCCAGGGACGCUGCCUCGGGCAGGAUGGCGCUGCGGAGGGAGGCCGAGGUGGUGGUUGUCCCCCGGCAAAGCCCUCGCCAGGCCACCCGCAAGAGAAAGUGAGCCCCUUGCCCUACAUCACCCUCCAUCAUUCUCCAUUUGUGGGGCUGGGGCAGCCUCCUGACUGUCUACCACCAACACCAACACCUCCAAGGCCCAUUUCUGACCUUCCCCUCCCUUGCACCGUCUGCCUCUCUAAAUCGUUGAGUGUUUUUUUUUAUUAUUUCUAUUUGUAUGAAGUACUUCAGGGAAUUUGCAGCUGAAACACACACACAAAAAAAAUUGCAGCCUGUAUUUUUAUAAAGA